AUGGGAAAUCACACUAGCCAUGAAAAGUCUUCUGGAGACCAAGGUGGAAGCGGUUCCAGUACUCCUCGAGGUUCUCAACGAGGCACACGUUCAGGGUCAAGUGGAGAACUUCCAGAGAAACCAGAGGCACCUCAGUCCACGUCUAUGGUGCCAAUUGAAAAAUUAGCGAAGUUGCUGGUUCAACGCUCCCAAAAGGAAGAUGGCGUCAAUGGAGUUACCGAGAAUUGUUUCACCAAAUACCUGUUCCCGAUGUACCCGGACCUGGCGCGCCACUUCUUCAGGUACCUGCUCAAGGUGGGCAAGUGCAAGAACAAGCACAUACCCCUCGCGACCUUCAGGCAGCAAUGCGAGCGCAUCAUGGCAAUGCUGGACGACGCCGUCAUCAUCGAAGCAUACGUCAGAAUGUUCAGCUCGGAUACCGACGAAGGUGCUGUGACGCCAGACGGCCUACGCAGCCUCCUCUACAUCAGCUACAAGCUCUCAAUGGACCACUAUCCCGAGGGCCCGCAGACCUGUCUCAUGAUAAACAAAACUCUGUCGGCGGUCAUAAACGGUUGCUUCAACAAGAAAGAUUCGCACAGCGUCGGUUUCGUAGUCCGUUGGCUAGAGGAGCACUGCCACAGACUAAUAUUCCCCGUGCACCGGUACUGCGUCCACAUGCUCGCCACCCGCCACCGGGACAUAGAGGCGCACGUGGAGUCGAACGGCUCUGGCGCCGGGCUGGAGCUCGCCACGCCGGUGCUGGAGCGGGGCGCGUGGCACGCCAACUCGGGCGCGCUGCUGCCCGUGUCGGCCGCGUGGCUGCUCGCCGCCACCGCGCCGCCGCUCUACUCGCGGCCGGCGCGACCGCCGCCCGCCCCGCACACGGGCGGCGGUUCCGCGUCGGCGAUGUGGCUCGCGCGGCUGGUGUGCGCCGUACCCUCGCACUGGGCUCCAUUGUACGCGUCUAGGGAGCACGGCCUCGGCGCCAAUCGGUUCCUGCAUCACACCCUGGCCUACAGAGGUCCAACGCUGGUGGUGGUGGCGUCUGAUGAGGUGACAGCCGUGAUAGCGAGCCCCCAAGAAUGGCGCGAGACCCACCAGUACUGGGGAGGACCGGAAUGCGCCCUCAUACAACUCUAUCCCACGUUCGCGCUGAUCGAGCUCGGCCCCAAGAUGCUGUACCUGAACACGGCGAUACGCGGCUACCCGAAGGGCCUCCGCGCCGGCACCGACCCCCGCAAACCGCUGCUCUCCAUCAACGAGGACUUCGACUCGUUCACCUUCCAGGGCGUGCCGUACACCAUACGCGCCAUAGAGGUCUGGGGCUGCGGAGAUCAGGCGUCAAGAGAAAACCAAUUAGAGGUCAAGAAAUGGCAAGUGCGUGAAGCGGAGAGACAGCGGCAGGUCAAACUGUCUGCAGCGGAUUGGAUUGAACAUCCCGAUAGAUAUCUAUUGGAGCUAGCGGGUCGUCCACAAUACAACAACUCGGCCAGC